UUGAGAGUAUCAAUCAACUGUUUACUCGGAAAUAGGGCAUAUUUCAUCAAUGCUUCUAUCUCUUUCUCUCUUUUAUUUUUGACACUAUUUCUAAAAUCUGAAAAUAACAGACAUGAAAAGCCAACUAUCUUCAAGCGAUGACGAUGAAGUUGACGCGUACCCAUCAUCACCUUUGGUGACGAGUUGUUGGUGGAGAUCAGCUGCUAAGUUUGAAGAAUGUGCAAGGCUUAAGCAUGGCUUUCCAAAUAUUUCAAGUCUGACUCCAAGACUUAGACUUUUUAGGGAGCUUGAAAGAUUAGCUUUAAUUGCACAUGAAGGACUUAAUGAGCUACGUUACAAAUUACAAAUCUAUCGGUCCGGUGAUUAUUGGGUACCUACUGGAGGAUUAAAGAAAGAAGAAAUGGAUAUUCCUCCGAUUGUUACAAUUCUUUUGGUGGGUUUCUCUUCUUCUGGAAAGAGCUCACUUGUUAACCUAAUGUACAGUGUUCUUGGUCGAACCGGACUCGUUCUUUUCGCUCAAACAAAGUCAGGAAGUGGUAAAAAGAACUAUACGACAAUGUUCAUGGAAGAGCACAAUGUAUUAAGAUCAAUAAAAAGUGGGUUUUGCGUUUAUGAUUCAAGAGGGUUUAAUUAUGACAAAGUAGGAGAGGCUUUAGAAGAAUUGUCAAGUUGGAUGAGUGAUGGAGUGCACCAUAACCAGCUAUGCUUGAGAUCAGGAGAUCAUAAUGUUUUGCUAAAAGAUAUUGAUGCAGAACAAUUAUCUUCUAGAAAUUCUUCAAAGUUUAUACAGAGAAGAGUAAAUUGUGCAAUGGUGGUGGUUAACGUAGCUGAAGUUUAUAAAGCUCUAAAAGCUGGUGAUUCCAAGCCUUUAGAGGCUACAAAAGAACUCUUUUGCUCCUCUGCUUUGAGAAACUGCAAUGAGAAUCCCAUCUUGAUCUUGACACACGGCGACUUAUUAACAAGUGAGGAGAGAAUUGAAGGCAGGCUAAAGAUAUGUGAAAGUUUAGGCAUAUCAGAGACAAAUGGGAUAUACGAUGUCGUUUGCCUUACAGAAUAUGGAUUUUUAGCAGAAGAAUCUGACCCUGUUAGUGCUUACAAUGUAGCUGAAGCAGUAUAUAGGGCAUUGCUCAUUUCUGACAGGGAACACUUGCCAAAGAAAACUUUGCAAGACUGGACGCUCUUCAUAUUAUCAUGGCUAAUGUCUCUCAUGGCUAUUUUUUUCGCUUUUCUUGCUCAAAUUUGCUCUGCACUUGGACAUAGCAACAAGCUGAAGCGUUAAAAUUUAAAGAGAAGGAGAUUAGGAAAUACAUACAUAUAUAUUUUCUGUAUAUUAUAUUGUUAUGUGUUGUUUAGCUUAUAAUGACAAUUUUAGUUAGGCUAACUGAAUAUCUGUUUAAUCUCAAAUUAGUUUAGUUUUAUAAUCUAUAUAUUAGCUAGGGUUUUCAGA